CUUACACACCAUGUGAUAAAUCAAACCACUGAUAAGGCAUAGAUAUGUGGUAGCGGUAGCGAUUGUGUGCGCCGCAGAUCGCCGCACUGUGGCCGCAUGUUGCUAGUCAUCGUUCUGCACAUUCGUGAAAUUCUGACUCCGGAUCGCAUUCUCCACAGGUGCCAGUCAGGCGGAGCUUUGUAAACAACAUUUGUGCGCGUGACCUUUGCAUAGGCAAAACGAAUAAUAACUUACUCAUGGAGAACUAUACAUCAGACUCCAGCGAUUCAGACUCUAAUUUGAGAACGUUGGAUCUGUCCUACCUGCUGUUGGAGAAGGAUGUGCUUGAUGAACAGUUUUUCAAUACCAAGUGUCCAGAGCAAGUUGACACUCUGUUACUGGCUCACAAUUAUCUCACAACUCUUCCUGCCAAUAUCAGCAGAUUUACCAACCUGAUUUCUCUAGAUAUUUCGAAUUGUGGUCUCAUAAGAUUGCCAGAUUUCUGGACAGAUUGCCCUUUAACUUGUUUGAUUGCAAAACAUAAUAACUUGGGCAAUGAUGGAUUGGCCAAGAGUUUUGAAAAUCUAACUAAUUUGAGGGAACUGAAUCUGAGUGGCAAUAGGCUCACAGAGUUUCCCGAUCAAGUACUCGACCUAGUUGCUUUAAAAUAUCUAUAUCUCGGUGGUAAUCAUAUCAGUGAGAUUACUAAAGACAUUUGGAAGCUGCAAAGGUUGAGAGUUUUAGCCAUGGGAGAUAACAGAUUAACAGAAGUGCCAUCCACUCUCGGUCAAUUAAAAACCUUGCAAGCUCUUGUACUUUGUGACAACAUGCUAGAGGGUCUACCAAGCUCAAUAGCGAAUUUAACCAACUUGAAGACUCUGUCACUUCACAAAAACCGACUACGGACAUUGCCUACUGAGAUAAUAAAAUUGAAAUGUCUGACAGAGUUAUCUUUGCGAGAUAAUCCGUUGGUAGUAAGAUUUGUAUCGGAUAUGACGCAUAAUCCACCCUCUUUGUUGGAGCUGGCAGCGCGUGUUGUCAAAACUAGUGACAUUCGAUACGACGAUGAAAGCAUACCGCGCAACCUAGUACAGUACCUCAAUAGUGCGCAUCAUUGUGUCAAUCCCAAAUGUAAAGGUGUUUUCUUCAAUAAUCGCGUAGAGCAUAUCAAAUUUGUUGAUUUCUGCGGUAAAUAUCGCUUACCCUUAUUGCAAUACUUGUGUAGCAGCAAGUGCAUCGAGCCACGUGAUAGCGAUGAGGAGCUCGUGAGUGGUGCCAUGAUCAGGAAGGUUCUUUUAGGCUGAUAAAGUCUUGAAAAUACUUCUAAUACUAACCAUUACAGAAUCUCUACAGGAAUUUAUGUCUAACAACAUUUAUAACACAUAUAUAUUGUAACAUAUGUGUUUUCUCUUCUCUUAAAGAAAACAUACGUGUAUAUAAUAUAAUAAGCGAAAAUAUAAAUGCCUUUUGUGACAAAUUACAACAAAUAUUAACCCUUCGCGGACAGACUUCAAAAAUGAUUUACAAGUCAGACAGACUGGAUCUGUGAAACUCACGCAACUUUAAAAUCGAAUAUCUCCGCGAAAAAUCAAUAUUUUUUCAAUUUUGUCUUUUUGAAUCAAAAGUUUGAGCGA